AUGAUUACCAAGUUCAUGACCGAGGUCACGGCCAAAUUCAACCCCUUCUCGACAUGCGCUAAGCCCGCUCGCCUGUUCCUGACUUUCCUCCCGCCAAACGUUCGUGCCAACGGAACGGUCGUCAACACGGCUCUGCUGCCGAGAGAUUCUGCAGAGAGCAGCUCAUUAAGAGUCAAAUUCAAGGAUGGCAAGGAAAUGGACUUCAACUGCUCAAAAAUCAACAUCAAGGGUUUAGUCGAGGAGGUCGACCGUCACUCGCGCCAACUACAAAAGGCCGCAGAUUUGUCCGAGUAA